AUCAUUAAGGUCAUUGUCAAAUAAAGUGCCAUCAUUCCAAUCAGCAUCAAUACCAUAGUGAAUAGGAUCAAAAUGUUCCACAUCACAAUCAGUAGUGUACGGAGUGUAGUCUUGUUUUGUAUAAAACUCUUCAUUAACAUUACAAAGUUCAGGUCCGUACAUCAUAGAAGAUCCCUCUGUCUGAGAAAUGCCAUUGUCCACUCCAAGCACUUCUGCAGAGCAAUCAUCUGCUCUGUGGAUUGACAUGUCUCCUAAGGUUGCAGUGUUUUUUUCCUGCAAGAACAAGAACAAACACCAAAGUGUGCAAACUUUCAAAAAACAAACAAACAAACAAACAAAAACAAUAAAUUCUCACUUUGAUGAUUUUUCUUCUAUAUCUUUUCAUUUUUGAUUGGUCCUUAAUUUUCCUUCUCCAACGAGACUGAUUAAUUGUUAUUUGCGCCAUCCUUUCUCUUGUGACUCAAGAGUAUAUACUGUACUACUCAACCAAAUAACUUGCUUAAAAAAUUUAAUCAAACAAUACUGUGGCAAGUUUAUUUGCACUGCUUCUUUUAUAAAUUAGCCAAACACAUCUGACAUUGUUAGCUAAAGUAUUUUGCCUCACUUGGCAGUAUAGGUGUUGCACUGAUUACAUCAGGUGUGCAGUUUACCUGUGAGCAAUGAUUGCCAUGAAUGUCAUGGUGCACUUAAACAAGUAGGAGAUGGUUCAAACCAUAGAUACAAAUAACCAUAAACACAACAUUUAUAUUGCCCAUUGUAAAAACUGGCAUUUUACCACCAAGUGUAAUGACACUAAACAGUGAGGGAAGCAGAAAGAGAAGGUAAGUAGCCCACAAAGAUCUUUUUAUUAGGCAUAGUUUAUGGUACUGAGAAUUUGGUCUUAUCCACAGAACAGAGAUCAGUGUGAUGGAGAUACCUAAAAGAAUCCGUAACCCAAUCAAAAAAAGAAAAGUCAGUGAGCCAGUCACUGCCCUACAAAAUGAAGAACAAGAAGGACUUUAUGUUUUUCUAACAUUUGAAGAUGGAUAUACUGCAAGAAUUUGUAAGACCUGCGACAUACUUACAGAAAAGGAGUCGCCAAUUACUAGCUUUGAGGGACUCAUUCCAGGAGCUCGAGUUCUUGCAAGAUGGUCAGACAACAAAUUUUAUAAUGCCACUGUAGAUCACAUUGGGUUCUGUGACCAAAAGCAGGACCCGAGAAAGGGUGCAAAGAAGGACAUAAAAAGAAAUUAUGCAUCUGCUGAAUCAUUUUAUAACCAGAAUCGGGUCGCUUCUGCACCAGUUGAACAUGGUCCUUCCUCUGCACUAACCCAGCCUCCGUCUCCAGGAUUGCCACCAACCCAACAUCAAUCUGUGCAAUUACCAUGCUCUGUUAAGCCUUUUAAUCCACAGCCCAUGACACCAUCUGAGUAUUGUAAUCAAGACCAGCCAGGUUUCUUAGAUUUAGAUGAACAUCAAAGACAAACCAUUACACAUAAUUCAACCCCAAAAGAAACAUUUUUGGGGCUUCUGUAUAACCCGUCUAUACCUCACCCCUCAGCUGAAGUCACAAUUCAGGAUGACCAGCUUGGGUUAGAGCCUGAGGAGUAUGAAGAUCCCACAGUCAGAUCACAGAAUUCUUCCUAUGAAAAUGAACAAUGGGAGCCAUGUGAAACAUGCAAGCUGGAGGUACAGGCAUUACUUAAAGAGAAUAAGAUGAUGAAAGAUGUGCUUUCCAGCAUGAAUCUUGAACACCUACAGGUACUCAGAGAAUUUAUAGAUAAGAUGGAAGACUACAUAUCACGUGAAAGUGGGGUGCUGAUGCCUCAAACCAGACCUGGCCAACAAGAACUUUACCCAGACAGUGGGCUGCUCUUGUCCUCUACCAAACUAGCAGCUAUUCACCAAGAGUCAAAGAAGGACUGUCUUCGUCUUUUCCAUCUACUGUUUGAUCAGUUCUUCACUCAUGAAGAAUGUUCAAACUCUGUAGCAUUUGGAAAGCAUGGCAAAGUCCCAGAGGGCAAGACAAUUUUGGAUAAAAGUAAAGUAAAUGGAAUACUAACUUAUGUCAUGAGCUGCGGCAAAUGUCAUGGAUGGAAACCAGUUGAAAAGUCAAAGCUGAAGAAAGCCCUUAUAAACAAGUGUCGCAUGAGAUCAACUUAAAUGUUUAUGUAAUUGUAGUGUUACAUGAAUGAUGUUGUGUCAUUUACUGGUAUUUUAUUUUGCUGUUUCUGUAUUUAAGUAUCUAUAUGUAGCUGUGCUGCAGUCUAGAAUUUGUUAGUUUUUUUUUUUAAAUGCUGCUUAUAAAGUGUAAAAAAGAAACUAUAUAUUUUAGUUUGAUAUUGUAGAAAACUUGUUUCUCUAAGAUUAAAAUAUGUGUCUUUACAGAGAUUGCAAAGUAUAAACAUAACUCAUGUGCAGUAUCUAACACUAUUUAAUUUUUUUUUUUUUUAUUUGAAGUGCCUUGUAAAAGAUUUCCAUAUUGUAUUUUCUUGCCAUUGUAUUAAGCAUGUAAAAUGAAACUUGAAACCUACAUGAGCAAAGAAAAUGUUAACCUCAUACUGAGCACAGUAAAAGCAGCCUAACGUCUGAGCAAUAAAACUUUCUGCAAGACACUGAAGAGCUCUCCCAUCUUCAUUUUAAUACAGUCUCAUGGAUGUCUUGUCUUCUCCAAAUUUACUUUAGUCUCAUUUAUGUCUAUUUGUAUGUUCCCUGGGCAAUUUUAUGAGGAAAAUGUGAAGUCAAAUCUGAAACCUAAAGUGGACACUGAUGAGAAUCACAAUCAUAAAUGCUGAGCUUAGUAAGAGCAAUCUCUGAGUGAAAACACUUUCUCUAAUUAGUGUUGAAAGAGAUUACAGCAAGACAAUAAAGAGAGUUUUAGGAGAAACA